AUGGAUGAAGGCAUUCACGAGGGUGGGAACGGCCUGGACGGCGGCGUUAACCUGCGGGGCGUAGUGCGUUUGCACCGCACGGUCCAGGCGCCGCGCGACCGCUUGAAUCCCCUCAUCAGCCUCACCGCGGAAGACCUGGUAAAGCGCAUUAGGCGCUCCGCGCAGGUCCCGGCUGUCUUCACUCGCUUCCUUCGUGAUGAGGCUGUGAUGGGCCGAGUGGUGUUGCAGAAGCAUCCGGCGCGGGACUUCGAACUGGACGGAGAUGGGGGGCCUCCGGCCUACCGUCGCGGCGUUCUCAACCGCAAUCGCCACCUCACUCACAAAGCCUUCCCACGUCCCGCGAGGAAUCACUGUGCAAAGUUUUUCCGCCAGCUCGAGGAGUUCGUCGGUUACGAACCCAGAGUCAUAUGGUGUGGGAAUUGGGACGGAUUCACUUUUAGUGGCAUGCGGGGUUGA